UGAUUUGGUUUUAAUACCUUGUUACAAUAUUAUCAUUAUCACGUUCCAUUUUUUGGUUUUGACUUUCAUUGCAGGGGCGCAGUAUUCAAUAUUAGGGGAUAUGGAACUACAUCCUAAGUAUUGUAAAGAAAUGUAGCGUUUUAUGAAGAAAAACUUUCCCGUUUUCGCGGUAUCUUAUCGAUACUAUCGGAAGUUUCCUGCAUAUCGAAUACCGCAAUCGAGUUUAUUCUUUCAUUUUAUUACAAAAUGUUGCGAACUUUGCGUUUACAUAAAUUUAUUAAUAAAAAUGUUCGUACAGAAUGCGCGAGACUGCAGAACACGAUCGCAAAUGUCAAGCACAGCUCGAGGCAGAAGGCGUGGCUGCUCGCCAAGGAGCGGUACAAACAGCAUGAGCACGUUUAUUACAGCUCCGUGCUGGAGAUGAAAACAAAACCCUCUUUCUCGGUUCCUGAGGUUUCUCCUCUGCCAGUGGACUGGAUGGACGACUACGAGUUCUAUCGCGGUGCCCAGGGUGAGACGGAUGACAAGCAAGGCACUCCGGAUCCCAAAGUUCCUGCCUCAAACGUGCCCUGCAGCGGAUGCGGCGCCCACCUGCAUUGCUCCAGCGAAUCGCUGCCGGGCUAUAUACCCAGUGAAAUCUUUUGUGGCAGAACGCAGGAGGAGCUGAAGACCAUCGUCUGCAAGCGUUGUCAUUUCCUGCAUCACUACAACAUUGCCCUGGACGUGGAGGUGGCACCUUCUACCUAUGUGGACACGAUAUCGCGAAUUCAGGACAAGUUCGCGCUGGCCAUAGUGUUGGUGGAUCUCCUGGACUUCCCCAGCUCCAUCUGGCCGGGCAUGCAGCACGUGCUGGGCACCAAACGACCCGUCUUCCUGGUGGGCAACAAGGUAGAUCUUCUGCCUCGCGACUCCAACACCUACCUGCAGCAUGUGAAGGCAUCGCUGCAGCGGGAAUUCAUCAAGCACGGCGGUGGCGAUGGAAUGAACAUCAAGAAUGUCAGCCUAAUCUCCGCCAAGACCGGCUAUGGGAUCGAAGAGCUGAUCACUCAGUUACACAAGACUUGGGCCUACAAAGGCGACGUCUAUUUGCUGGGCUGCACCAACGUGGGCAAGAGCUCGUUAUUCAACAUCCUGCUCAACUCGGAUUAUUGCCGUCCGGAAGCAAGUGAUCUGGUGCGAAAGGCCACCACUUGUCCCUGGCCGGGAACCACGCUCCAACUGCUGCGGUUUCCCAUUCUGCGGCCAUCCAAUGAUCGUAUUUACAUGCGUUUUAAGAGAUUAGUUGCCGAGCGCGGUGAAAGGGCCGCUAUAGAACAGAUGCGUCGAAAAGAGGCCAGGGAAACGGGUGCAGCCCUAGCAGCCCAACCAUCAUCGGCCGUGGGACGCACCUUCGAUCGUCGCGACGACCUCAGCGAUGCCUUCGCCAUGGCCAGUGGCACGCGCCCCAUAACCACCCUAAACGAACGCCAGAAGGAAUAUAAGGAGGCGCGUUGGGUCUACGACACUCCGGGUGUGAUGCAGCCAGAUCAAUUGACCCCACUGCUUACCCCCGAGGAGCUGACAAAGCUGCAUCCGUCAACAAUGAUCCGGCCCAGAGCCUUUCGCCUUCGUCCCCAAAUGAGCAUCCUGCUAGGCGGCUUGGCCCGCAUGGAUCUGCUGGAGAUAUCCUCAAGCUUCAAGCAGCAGUUUGACUGGCUAAAGAUCUUUGUGUUUGCCUCGGCGCAGCUUCCCAUACUGAUAGCAGACACCCAGGAGGCGGACAAUGUAUACGAGCGCUAUCUAGGCAAACCUUUCCUGGGUCUUCCCAUGGCCGGCAAGGAGGAUUUGGAUGCCCGAUUGAAACGCUGGCCAGGAUUACAGUGCAAGGAGGGGGAUAUUGUGGUGAAAAACGAAGGCGAAAGCGAAGGAAGGCUAAAUUGUGAUAUUACACUCAGCUCAGCAGGCUGGAUGGGCUUGCUCCUGCCCGGACAAUCCGAAUGUCGCCUCCGGGUGUGGACACCGCAUGCAGCAGGCAUUUAUAAGCGGGAACCGGCUUUGAUACCCCAGGCUGAUAGGUUGGUGGGGAAGCACAUUAGAAAUUCACUCGCAUACAACACCACAAAGCCUUUUGUUUUUAAAAAAUAAAAAUAUAUAAAGUUGUUACUUAA